CUAUUUACUCACACAACACAGCUUCUCCUUCUUUCUUUUGUUCUUCUUUCUUUGCCAAUUCCAAUUCAUUAUUUCUCGUGAAAAUUUUCAGACGCUGUGUUUUCCCGGAAUUUUUCAUUCUCCAUUCUCCGCUAAUCGAUUAGGAGAUCGAAACCAUCGUUUCAAUCUCGCCGGGAAUUCUUUUUCCUUUUCGUUUUUCUGCGAUUUUUUCGUAAGAGAAUAAUAAAUAAACCACUCAGUUUAUUUCGGUUUUUCAUUCUUUUGUUUGCUUCAUUGUUCGAUUUAAGGGUUUUUGCAUUAGGUUUAGGGAUUCGAAUUUCACGAUUCCAAGAGUUGCGUGGAUUGUGGUGGUGGUGAUUAUACCAUAUAUUGCUGAGAGGUUUUAGGGGGAUUCGAAUUGCGUGAGUCUUGACAACAUUGUUUCGAAAAUUGAAAUUAGGGUUUUCAGAUGAACGAAAAUAAUCGUUUCGAGUGGUUACAGCAAAUAUGAUAAUUAAGCGUACUAUUAUGAAAACUGAAACGGCGAAUUUAAAACGGUGUAAAUUGGAGGAGCUUGAUUUCGAAGGCCACGAAGGUUGUUCAGGGAUUCAGAAGAAGCGUAAGGUGAAUGCGUUUUACUCAUUGGGUGAUUCUGAACAUUUCAGUAGUGGUUCCGGUUCUUGGAGUAGUGAAGUUUCGCAUUGGAGUUCUGAUGGUGGUGGUGGUGAGGUUGAGUUCAAAUCAAAUUCUGCAUUUUUGAAUGGUAAUACGAUGAAUAAGAAAUGCUUGGUGGUGGCUCGGCCUCCGUUAUUGCGGUCGUCGCGCGGCCGCCUUCAGACGCUUCCGUCGAGGUUCAAUGACUCGGUGGUUCUUGAUACAUGGAAGAAGAAUCGAGGAAUGGAAACAGAUGAUGGAGAUUCCAGCUUUGAGGAUGAUAAGAGUUUUGUUGAGGAUGAUGACAAGGUUAAGAAGAGUGAUGUGAAUUAUUUGAAAACUUGUGAAGUGAAGGCUGAUGAAAUGGAGGGUGGUGAUUUAUCUAGUUUGGGUAGAAGGAUAGUGAAGACUGAGAGUAAUGCUUUUGGUUCUGGUCUUAGUUUUGAGGGUAUGGAGCAAAAGCCUAAUGAGAAUGUUGGAAAGAGAAAAGAGGUAUAUAGGCCAGAGGAUUUUGCUUUGGGUGAUAUUGUUUGGGCUAAAUGUGGGAAGAGAUUUCCAGUUUGGCCUGCCGUGGUGAUUGAUCCUUUCUUGGAGGCUCCUAAAUCUGUCUUGAGCUGUUGUGUUCCCAAUGCGCUUUGUGUGAUGUUUUUUGGUUAUUCGAAAAAUGGAACUCAAAGGGAUUAUGCGUGGGUGAAGCAGGGAAUGGUAUUCCCCUUCUCGGAGUUCAUGGACAGAUUUCAGGGGCAGACCCAGUUGUACAAGAGCAAACCUAGUGACUUUCGCAUGGCGCUGGAGGAGGCAAUGUUGGCAGAAGAUGGUAUUUUGGAAUCACUUUUGGGAGCGGAGGAAAUUGCUACUGUAAGCAAUCGUAGACUUGAAGAAGUCUUGGUUUCAAAUGUUGAUCAAGAAUAUUACUGCCAGGAUCAGGAUACUAAGUAUUGUGCUAGCUGUCAUUUGAUGUUGCCAUGCAAAAUUAUGAAGAAGGUUAAGGAUUCAAGUUAUGCACAUCAAUUUUAUUGCAAACAUUGUGCCAAGUUACAAAAAUCAAAACAAUAUUGUGGAAUUUGCAAAAAGGUUUGGCAUCAUUCAGAUGGUGGGAAUUGGGUAUGUUGUGAUGGUUGCAAUGUUUGGGUGCAUGCUGAGUGUGACGAAAUAUCUACCGAAUAUUUCAAGGAUCUAGAAAAUACCGAUUACUAUUGUCCAGAUUGCAAAGAACUAAUGAAUUGUAAAUUACGGGAAUCACUAACACACAAAUCAAAAAUCAAAUCAAUAGAUAAUAGCCAAAAAUCUAUGGUACCUGAGAAGGUGGCGGUGGUGUGCAAUGGCAUGGAAGGAAUUUACAUCCCGAAACUUCAUUUAAUUAUGUGCAAGUGUGACUCUUGUUGUUCAAGGAAGCAGACACCGAGUGAAUGGGAACGGCAUACUGGUAGCAGAGCCAAAAAAUGGAAAUAUAGUGUGAAAGUGAAAAGCACAAUGCUACCACUAGAAAAAUGGAUGAUGGAGCAUAUUCCACAAGAUGGAGUACCGUGGCACUUAGAUCAGCAGCAGGUGCUUGCCUUUUUGCAAGAGAAGUAUGAACCAGUUCUUGCAAAAUGGACGACAGAAAGGUGUGCUGUUUGUAGAUGGGUUGAAGAUUGGGAAGAUAACAAAAUUAUUAUCUGUAACAGGUGCCAAAUAGCAGUCCACCAAGAAUGCUAUGGUGCAAAUGAUAUUCAAGAUUUUACUUCUUGGGUUUGUAGAGUAUGUGAAACUCCUGAUGUUGAAAGAGAGUGUUGCCUUUGUCCAGUAAAAGGUGGUGCUCUAAAGCCAACUGAUGUCGAGAUGUUGUGGGUUCAUAUAACAUGCGCUUGGUUUCGACGUGAAGUUGCUUUCCAAAACCCUAAGGUCAUGGAACCUGCCCUCGGAAUUCUUAAAAUUCCUCCUAAUUCCUUUGUGAAGACUUGUGUAAUUUGUAAACAAAGCCAUGGUUCCUGUACAAGUUGUUGCAAGUGUGCUACUUAUUUUCAUGUAAUGUGCGCAUUAAGAGCUGGGUAUACCAUGGAAUUGCAUUCUAUGGAGAAGAAUGGGACUGAAAUAAUAAAGAAGCUAAUAUACUGCGCAGUUCAUAGAGUCCCAAAUCCAGAUUCUGUACUGGUUGCACAUACAUCCCUGGGGAUUUUCUCUCCCAGAGCAUCGAUUCAGAAUCACAAAGGAUGCUUUCGGGGAUCAAGGCUGGUUUCAUCAAAGAAUAUAGUUCUCAAUGAAUGUUCAACCACUGAAAAUGAUAUGGUUGAGCCAUUGUCUAGUGCCAGAUGUCGUGUGCACCGAAGGUCUCCUAAUAAGAGGGCUGAUGUGCCAGUUAUUCACUUGCUGAGGGGACCCAUCCUUCAUUCUCUAGGUGCAAUAACUCAAUUGAACAACUAUAAGGAUGCUGAAGAUUCUAAAGUAUUUACUUCUUUCAAGGAACGUCUUCACCAUUUGCAGAAAACAGAAAAGCUUAGAAUUUGCUUCGGAAAAUCGGGAAUUCAUGGAUGGGGUCUCUUUGCUCGAAGAGAUAUACAAGAAGGAGAUAUGGUUGUUGAGUAUCGUGGUGAGCAGGUAAGGCGUAGUGUUGCUGAUCUGAGGGAAGCAAAAUAUCGUUCAGAAGGCAAAGAUUGCUAUUUGUUCAAGGUCAGUGAGGAAGUAGUCAUCGAUGCAACACACAAGGGCAAUAUAGCACGUUUAAUAAACCACUCAAGACAUUGCAAUAGCAAAAAAGGAGAGGACACUGAUGUUCAACCUGACAUUUUUCAGUGCAUGCCAAACUGCUAUGCAAGGAUUAUGAGUUUUGGUGAUCAAGAGAGCCGGAUUGUUCUUAUUGCCAAAGCCAAUGUCUCUGCUGGUCAAGAACUAACGUAUGAUUACUUGUUCGAUCCAGAUGAGCGGGAGGAAUUGAAAGUUCCCUGCCUAUGCAAAGCACCCAAUUGUAGAAAAUUUAUGAACUAGGUUAAACAUUUUUUGUUCCUUGAGCAAAUAGCAGUCUUUAGGCAAUAGCAGUCACCUAAAUGUAGGUUAAACAUUUGUUCGUUGAGCUUUUUUCAAUUUUUUGUUCUUUUCAAUUCUUUAUCAGCUUAGUAUAAUUUGUAUAUCAUUUCUUAUUUGUUAUAUAUAAAAAAAAAUAGAAAACUUCUGAGCAAGGCAUUUUCAUUUUUGUAACUUAG